ACACUUCAUAUUGACCUUUGCACAUGCGCACCAUCAUACCCAAUACCGGUUCCGCUUUGAAGCCAAUAACUGGAAGACAGAGUCUAAUUCAACUGAAACAUCACUUCAGAAAUCAGUAUUAGACUCUAAAAGAGGUGAUGUCGGUCCGAGUGGUGAGGCAUAGUAAAUUUCGCCAUGUCUAUGGCAAAGCAGAGAAGAAGGAUAACUGCUAUGAAAACAUUAGAAUUACAAAGAGCGGUUGGGAUUCACAGUUUUGUGCUGUCAAUCCGAAAUAUUUGGCUGUUAUCACGGAAAGCGGAGGGGGAGGAUCCUUCCUCGUUCUGCCUCUGAACAAGACGGGGAGAGUGGAGAUGAAUUCCCCCCAGGUAGUGGGGCACAGAGGGGCAGUUCUGGACAUAGCCUGGUGUCCACACAAUGAUGACGUGAUAGCCAGUGCCUCUGAGGACUGCACAGUGAUGGUGUGGACCAUCCCUAACGGGGGGCUCCACACCAACCUUACAGAGCCCGCUGUGGUCCUCAUGCAGCAUGAGAGGAGGGUCGGGCUGAUCCAGUGGCACCCCUCUGCCUUCAAUGUGUUACUUAGUGCAGGAUCAGAUAACAAAAUAAUAGUGUGGGAUGUUGGUCGAGGCAUGGCCAAUGUGAUAAUCACAAUGCCAGCAAUAAUCUACAGUGUGGCCUGGAAUUACAAUGGCUCCAAGAUAGUCACAUCAUGCAAAGACAAGUACCUGAGGAUACUGGACCCCAGGACGACAGCUGUCAUAGCUGAAGGUAAAGGCCAUGCUGGAUCAAAGACGUCUAAUCUAACAGUCCUGAAGGACGGCAGAAUUUUCACCACUGGGUUCUCCAAGAUGAGUGAUAGGCAAUAUGGCCUGUGGCAGGACAAAGGUGAUGGCACCAUUGAGAACUUAGUAGAAGAAGAUAUAGACCAGAGUAAUGGGGUGCUUUUCCCGAUGUAUGAUGUGGAUACUGGAGUGGUUUAUAUUGCCGGAAAGGGGGACAGUAAAAUAAUGUACUUUGAGGUGGAAGGAGACAAUGUGUACUACCUGAACUCCUACUCCUCCAAGGACCCACAGAGGGGCAUAGGAAUGAUGCCUAAGAGAGGGUUAGAUGUGAAUAUCUGUGAAGUAGCCAGGUUCUACAAGCUGCACCAGAAAGGUCUCUGUGAGCCAAUCUCUAUGAUAGUGCCCAGGAAGUCUGAGCUAUUCCAGGAUGAUUUGUACCCAGACACAGCGUCAGAUGUCCCUGCCAUCACAGCAGAACAAUUCUUCAGUGGAAUGGACGCUGACCCUGUUUUAGUAACAAUGAAGUCUGGUUACAAAGCUCCAAAUAAUCUAAUACCUGCAUCCAAACCUAAUAUCCUCAACAAACUUCCAAUGAAAAAAGCUGCUGUUUCUGGGGCAGUCCCUCAAGCCAAGCAGGAGAACGUCUCACAUGCACCAGUAGUUGCAGCAGUUACACCAGCCAGAGAAGAAAAACCUGCAGCUUCCUUACAGGCCCACACCCCUGCCAGGCCCACACCAGCCCCGGCACCAGCAGCGACACCGGUGCCAACAUCAGCGCCAGCACCACAGGAGUCUGCUCUACCACCGAGCUUGCCUGAAGAUCUUGAUGUUGCUGCUUUACUGGAUGAGAUGAGGAAGCUGAAGAUCAUUGUCAAGAAGCAUGAGAAGCGUAUUCUUACUCUGGAAAAGAAAAUAGCAGAAGCUGAGGCAGAGGCCGAUGCUGAAGUGGAGGUGGAAGCUAACGGAGAGGAAGAACAGGAGGAACAGGAAGAGGACUGAUUGGCUGCAGCAGUGCUGCUCUAUCUACAGACUGGGAUAGGUAGCAUCCUGUCCUUGCUAUAAUAAGACUCAGUAAAUCACAGCAAAGACAAUAAAGUGAAACUGUUGAAAAAGAAAAAGAAGAAAAAGAAUGUUUUGCAAAUGGUUGCUUUUUUCAUACAUAUUUCAUAAUGCUCUGUUAAGUAUGAAUAUCAUUUUAUUGUUAAAGACAAAGUACAAUGGAAAAAAAAUGCUUGCUUCCAUGUGAUUGCAGCUUAUUUCAGUCAAAUGUACAGUUGACUGAGUCAAUUAGACACAAAUUCCAGAUUCUCACAGAUUUUCACUGCAUGGAGAGAUACUGUGCUUCCUGGCCCGUGGUGGGUUAUUCAAGACCCCUUUUAUUUUGACACAUAAACUAGUUGAGGGCAUUAUAAGUAUCAAGAGGGCAGAAAAUUUUACCACCACAUUUAUCAGUUUUGAGAGUUUUAUGGCAGUGAUUCUUAAAUGAUGACAAGUGUCCAUGAUGGCAAGUGUUUACUAUUCCAAUAACAGAUGAGAGCAUUAGGUAUAGUGUUCUCACCACCAGUGCAGUAUUGUCUGUGAGUGGUCUGGACACCUGUGUAUUAAACAGAUAAUCUGAAUGUCAUAUGCAAUUGCUUUUAUAUGAAUAUUAAUGCAAAUGUUUGUGUAUAUGUAGAUUAAGUAGAUAUAAGGCUGAUUGGCAUAUGUGGCCUCAUCAUGUUUUUGAAAACUAUUCUCCAGUGAGCUAUACUCUAUAUGCUUGUGAUUAUAUUCCAUAUAGACUACUAGGCAUGCUAAUAUUUAUUUACUAUACUGCUAUAUAACAAGAAGUGGUGGUGUUGUAUAAAAUUACUGCUGGGAUAAAUCUCCACUUAUUGUAUAUUUGAAGGACUUGUUAACCCCUUUCAAAGAAUUGUAUGUAAUCUUUUCUAAAAUGAAUAACUUAAGCCACACUUCAAAAUAUUCAGUUUAGCAGAUAUUUAAUUAACUUGCAUGUAGUAUUAAUGUUGGUUCUGUGAUGGGUUUCUUGAUAUUGAUACAAGCCUGUGUCUGGAACAGUGCAGACCUGUACAUAACACUCUCCUCAAGACAUAGACAUCAUAGCUUGGCCACUGUGUGAUGAUGUAGGAUGAGCUGAGCUCUUUGGGUUACAUUUGGAUUCUCGCCUUUAUCACAGAGAAAACUGGCAUAUUUGUGUAAUGUUUCAUAGCUUGGAGAUCACAUACAGAAUGAAAGAUUGUUAAGCAGCAAGUUUUGCUCUGAGAGCAGGAAGAGUUCACCUAAGUAACAGUUAUCAGUAGAGCUGAUUAGAUCAGUAGCCGAAGCCUUGUGAUUGACCUUAUUAUUUAUUGUAAUAGAGUUGGCUAUAGGUGGUCUGAAAACUGUGAGAGUUUGGUGAUAGAAGUUGGAGGUUGCCUACUGUGAUUGAGAACCAUGCCAAAUUCAUGUACACUCGUCAUGGAAAUACAUUCUAUAAUGUAGAUAUGAUUAUAUUGUAAUAAUAUUGUUAUACUGCGACUUGUAGACAGAGUCCAUGUUAUUAUUAUUAUUAUUAUUAUUAUUAUUAUUAUUAUUAUUAUUAUUUUGUGUACUUACAGACAUAUUGCCCAGAAGCAAGUGGUGGACUAAUUAAUUAGCUAAAAUACUGUUGAUAUUCUUUUAUAUGAAGCCAUGCUGUACACCUGAAGAAACCUAACUGCUGUAUAAUAUUUCUACAUUGGCUACCGUCGGAUUGUAGUUCUACUUACCUAAUGUGUUACAUUGUCUGGUACUAUAGUUGUUACUGUUGUAUUACCGUAACCUAUAGAAAGAGCACAAUACGAGAUGCCCUUUUAUGGGUUAAAACCUGUUGAUGAGAGAGAAAGAGAGAGACCUAGUGAUUGAGAGAUAUCUUUUACGAUCUGGAUAGUUUGUGCCGUUUGUGGACACACAGGCUUGUAAAUCGCCAUUUUUUUCUAGAUAUUACAGUGCUCAAUGAAGGGGUGGGGUUUAUAAUGGGAAAACUGCUUGAUAAUGGUUGGUUCUAACUAUAGAGUAACACUAAAGUUACUCUUCCAUAAGCAUAUGGUAUGUCUCAGUUACAGAGUUCUUUAUUCUUUUCUCAGUUACGGAGUUCUUUAUUCUUUCUCUCUUUUGUGAGAUUGCGAGAAGCGUUAGACACAAGUCUUCCGUUCCUCCCCGCCUGUAUGCCAUACCUUCCCAGCCUAUAUACCUGACAGUUUGCAUGAGAAAUUUAGCGUUGAGACCACCAAGCUUAUUAUGACGGUCGCUCUUACUGUAAUGAUAUAUCUUUAUAUUGGGCCGGAUAGGGACUGUAAUUAUUUGAAAUAAAAUUAUACGUGAUUUUCA